AAACAAACCGGCCAACGGGCAACCGUCUCUAUUUUACGGCGCCCUGGGGUGUGGGCGUUCCCGGGCGACGGCUCUCUUCAAAAGUCCCUCCAAUUCUUUCUUCCGUUCCCGCUCUCGAGAUCUGGGCGAGCGUCGACACCGACGGCUCUCGCCGAAGCAAUCCGAUCGCAAUGUACUUCGAGGUUGGUUGUAAUGCCGGCGUUCGGGGGCUAUCCAUGGAUCCGGGCGAUAUCGCUAGGAUCUGGUCCAACUAUUUCCCCGAGGUGGAGUUCUCCAUAGACGAUUGGAAGUUUAAGCUCAUAGCCAAGCUCGGGAAGUUCUUCUCAAGCCCGCAAGCCGAUCGUUUCCUCUCCCAGGUGCAAGAUGACAAUGGCAUCUUCUUUCUCCCCAUUGACUUCCAGCAAUUUCGGAAAGUAUGUGGAGUUGAAGAGCUUUGUGCCAUUCUGGAGGAAGCACCUAAGGAAGCUCUUUUGUGCAUGGGUUCUGCUGUGCAUAUGGCUCUCUCUCUAAAGGAAAAGAACUGCCAGUUGAUGGACAUAGAAAAGAUAAACAUUCGGCUUCAUAACCACUCUGAUUCAUCGAUCACUUUGAAGAAUUUGAAAGCUGCAUACAUCAAGAAGCUUGUUUCAGUGCGUGGUUCGGUUGUCAAAGUCAGCACUGUCAGGCCUCUGGUGAUGCAGAUGAGCUUUGCCUGCCAGAAGUGUGAAACUGUCAUCACACGCAUGUUUCCUAAUGGGAAGUUUUCACCUCCGGGAGCUUGCAGUCUUCAUGGAUGCAGAAGCAGAACUUUUGCACCAAUCAGAUCUACUGCCAAAGCAAUAGAUUUUCAAAAAAUUAGGGUCCAGGAGCUCCUUAAAUCUGGAAAUCAUGAAGAAGGGCGGGUGCCUCGAACCAUAGAAUGUGAACUAACCGAAGAUCUUGUUGAUUCUUGCAUCCCUGGUGAUGUUGUGAGAGUUACUGGAAUUAUAAAUGUUAUAAACAAUUACAUGGAUGUUGGUGGAGGAAAAUCCAAAAACAAGAACCAAGGGUUGUACUAUCUAUAUCUUGAAGCAGUUUCAGUCAGUAACUCCAAGUCCCAAGCUGACUCUGAAGAUUUUCCAGUGACCAAUUCUAAAACCAGAGCUAACAUGCUGUCGGAUUUUCAUGCAUUUUCACUGAGAGAUUUGGAAUUUAUUGUUAAGUUCUCAGAGGAGCAUGGUUCUGAUAUAUUCCGUCAAAUACUUCAAUCCUUCUGUCCCUCCAUCUAUGGGCAUGAACUUGUGAAAGCUGGCAUUACACUUGCAUUAUUUGGAGGUGUGCAGAAGUAUUCGAUGGAUCAAAACAAGGUUCCAGUUCGUGGAGACAUCCAUGUAGUUAUUGUUGGUGAUCCUGGAUUAGGAAAGAGCCAACUUCUGCAAGCUGCAGCGGCAGUUUCUCCACGAGGCAUCUACGUGUGUGGCAAUGCAACAACAAAUGCUGGCCUAACUGUUGCUGUAGUUAAAGAUCCUAUGACCAGUGAUUAUGCAUUUGAGGCUGGUGCAAUGGUCCUUGCUGAUCGUGGGUUAUGCUGCAUUGAUGAGUUCGAUAAAAUGCCAGCGGAACAUCAGGCUCUGCUGGAAGCCAUGGAACAGCAAUGUGUUUCUGUUGCAAAGGCCGGAUUAGUGGCAAGUUUAUCAGCUCGAACUUCUGUGUUAGCAGCAGCAAAUCCUGUUGGCGGUCACUACAACCGGGCAAAAACUGUGAAUGAAAACCUGAAAAUGAGUGCUGCUCUUCUCUCGCGUUUUGAUUUGGUUUUUAUAUUACUAGAUAAACCAAAUGAAGUACUGGAUAAGCAAGUAUCUGACCAUAUCAUGGCACUUCAUGCGGGAAAUCGACAACGGUUGUUGCCCUCCAAGAAGUUACGAAGAGCAUCACAAUACAGUAGAGGCAUGGAGCUUGGCAGUAGAAAUGGUUCGUUGGCUUCCAGGUUGAGACUAGACCCUGAGAAAGACAUGGACUUCAUACCAUUACCAGGUGUUCUUCUUCGCAAGUAUAUUGCAUAUGCAAGAAAUUUUAUCUUUCCCAGGAUGACUAGACCAGCAGCUGAGAUUUUGCAGACAUUUUAUUUGCAGUUAAGGGACCAUAAUAUUUCAGCUGAUGGUACUCCUAUCACCGCAAGACAGUUGGAAAGUCUUGUGAGGUUGGCAGAAGCUCGUGCUCGUUUGGAUCUAAGAGAAGAAAUAACUGACCAAGAUGCAAUGGAUGUGGUUGAGAUAAUGAAAGAAUCCUUGUAUGACAAAUAUGUAGAUGAGCAUGGGUUUGUAGACUUUGCUCGGAGUGGUGGGAUGAGUCAACAGAAGGAGGCAAAGAGAUUUCUAAGUGCCCUCCACAAACAGUCUGAGUUGCAGCAAAAGGAUUGCUUUUCAAUUUCUGAGAUAUACAGCUUGGCAGAUAGAAUCAGCUUGAGAGUUCCAGACAUAGAUACUUUUGUGGAUAACUUGAACAGUGUUGGUUAUCUGCUCAAGAAAGGACCAAAGAUGUAUCAGGUCUUGUCUUCAUCUUACUGACAUAGUCAAGCAACAAGGCCAAGAUGCUAAUGAUUGCAUGAGCUUUUGGUUAGUUUUACAAAACUAAAUGUUAUCCAUCCUCAAAGUUUGGUUCUAAAUGCGGCGGUAGUCUACUACUUUGCUCUCCUUUUUUUGUGUUAUGGUCCACCAAUAAGGCUACUCUGACAACAGUUGAGGAAUUUCAAUUAAGGAUAAAGGGAAUAUAGCAACUACCUUUUUCCUGCAGGUUCGGUAAGGCAACUGCUUUGUUUUUGUCAACCUUAGAUACAGAGACAGAUGUAUGUUAUCACAGGAGAAAGAUCUGUAAAUGCUGCUGCAUGUUGAGGUAUGUAUAGCCAUGUUUUCUAAUAAUAUUUCUUGUGAUUGGUGCAUAUUGUCCUGUCUUCUGAAACAGAAAAUGGCAUUUGAGAACCCUGAAAGUUUUCUU